GCUAUCACUCACUGGAAAUUUUUUUUUAAAAAAAAAACUAGGGAUGAGUUCCUCUAGGGAAAAGGCGGUGCAAGCCCUGCUCUACGGCCAUGGCUGUGCUAACAAGCUGAAGCUACGGCUCAACAAACGAAAGGCCGACGAAGGGUCGGUUUCAAGUGAUCACCAAGAUCUUGCCAAAACGAUCCUAGGUUGUUUUUCAGACGCCCUUUCUGUCUUGAUCGACUCUACUACAUCAUCCUCAGUGGAUCAACCCUUUGAAAUCUCUCCGACCAUGUCCUCUCCUUGUCCUCCUCCUCUUAUUCCCAAUCCCCGCAGAGAUCAAAGAGUUUCCCCCAAAAAGAGAAGGACGAGCAAUACGGAAGCGAGGGGCGAAAACUGGAGAGAUGAUUCCCCCGCUCCGAUCUAUUACGACGGCUAUCUGUGGAGGAAAUACGGCCAAAAGAAAAUAAAGAAUUCUGACCACCAAAGGAGUUACUACAGAUGCGCUUACAAUGAUGAUCAUCCAUAUUGUGAAGCGAGAAAACACGUUCAGAAGAUUCAAGAGGACCCUCCGGUGUACCGGACCACUUACUUCGGUCGCCACGCCUGUCCGAUCCAUCAAGACGCGGCCUUUCCGGUCGCCUUCAAUCCUGCGGAUGACUCCGAGGGUGCCCGGAUGAUCAAAUUCGGAAAUGACGUCGAUCGAGAAAACAUAUGCCCAGGUUUCCAGCUACUGGCUAAUCGACAAGAUCAGAUCCUCAAAGAGGAAUCUACGGAGGAACAGUUGAACGGAGAUCAAGAUCAAGAUCAAGAUCGAGACGUAACAGAGAACAAAUCGUGUCCGAGUGAUCUUGUGUUGGAAUCGUCCUUGUUCUUGGAAGACCUAGAUCUGUUGGAUGCUUUCGAGUUUUGUCCUUUUGAUCAGUUUGACUUUCCAGGUUGCCAAUCAUGAACCUUUUCUAUAUAUAUAUAUAUAUAUAUAUAUAUAUAUAUAUGGAGCAAAGUAUCAGAAUCUGGCCGAUAGAUACCUCACAAUUUUGUUUUUGUGGGGCAAAUGUGUUGGUGGAUGGGAUAGUUACAUGGGUUUACGUGCAUUCGUGUCAGCCAAAGUUUUUA